CCUCGUGCGCGUUUCCGCAAGUCACCGGGCAACUCUUUGCAUUUCCUAGGGGCUGUCGGGCAGGUGGAACCAUGUCCAGUUUUGACAUGAAGGACUUCGGGGAAGCUGCGCCCUUUCUGCGCAAAUCGGAUUUGGAGCAACUCACGGCGCAAACGAUCGCUUUUGACGGUAAGAAACGAGCAUGGAUCCCCGAUGAGAAAGAGGGAUACAUCGAGAUCGAGAUGAAGGAGCUCAGUGGGGACAAAGUCAUUGUUCAGACCAAAAAUGGAAAGACUUUGACCGUGAAGGAGGGCGACAUCCAACAGAUGAACCCUCCCAAGUACGACAUGAUAGAAGACAUGGCAAUGUUGACGCACCUCAACGAAGCCUCUGUCCUCUUCAACAUGCGCAGACGCUACUCGGCCUGGAUGAUCUAUACCUACUCGGGCCUCUUCUGCGUCGCGGUGAACCCGUACAAGUGGCUGCCUGUCUACACGGCCCCUGUGGUCGCCGCCUACAAAGGCAAACGACGCUCAGAGGUGCCGCCGCACAUCUACAGCGUCGCAGACAAUGCCUACAAUGCAAUGCUGCGCAAUCGGGAGAACCAGUCCAUGCUUAUCACCGGAGAAUCCGGUGCUGGCAAAACUGUCAACACGAAACGUGUCAUUCAGUAUUUUGCCAUUGUGGCAGCUCUUGGGGAAACCUCUGCUAAGAAAGCACAGGGUCCUGCCACUAAGACGGGGGGGACUCUGGAGGAUCAGAUCAUCGAGGCCAACCCUGCCAUGGAGGCGUUUGGGAAUGCCAAAACAUUGAGGAAUGACAACUCAUCCCGUUUUGGAAAGUUCAUCAGGAUCCACUUUGGCCCCACUGGCAAACUGGCUUCUGCUGACAUUGAUAUAUAUCUUCUGGAAAAAUCCAGAGUGAUUUUCCAGCAGCCGGGCGAAAGAAGCUACCACAUCUAUUACCAGAUCAUGUCGCAGAAGAAACCGGAACUUUUAGACAUGUUGCUGGUGUCCUCCAACCCGUACGACUAUCACUUCUGCUCUCAGGGGGUGACCACUGUUGAGAACCUGGAUGAUGGACUGGAGUUGAUGGCCACUGACCACGCCAUGGACAUCCUCGGCUUUCUGCUCGAUGAGAAGAAUGGCUGCUAUAAAAUCGUCGGCGCCAUCAUGCACUUCGGCAACAUGAAGUUCAAGCAAAAGCAGCGCGAGGAACAGGCAGAGACUGAUGGCACUGAAAGUGCGGACAAGGCCUCGUACCUGAUGGGGGUCAGUUCAGCUGACCUCAUUAAAGGCCUCCUCCACCCAAGGGUGAAAGUGGGUAAUGAGUAUGUGGUAAAGGGGCAGAAUGUUGAACAGGUCAACUAUGCUGUAGGCGCUCUGGCCAAAGCUACAUAUGACCGCAUGUUCAAAUGGAUGGUGGGACGGAUUAACCGGACCCUAUACACUACACUGCCCCGCCAGUUCUUCAUAGGAGUGCUGGACAUUGCUGGCUUUGAGAUCUUUGACCUCAACAGCUUCGAGCAGCUGUGCAUCAACUUCACCAAUGAGAAACUGCAACAGUUUUUCAACCACCACAUGUUCAUCCUGGAGCAGGAGGAGUACAAGAGGGAGGGCAUUGAAUGGACCUUCAUCGACUUCGGGCUGGACCUUCAAGCGUGCAUUGAUCUCAUCGAGAAGCCUCUUGGCAUCAUGUCCAUCCUUGAAGAGGAGUGCAUGUUCCCAAAAGCCACAGACAGCAGCUUCAAAGCCAAGAUGUAUGAUAAUCAUAUUGGCAAGUCUCCAAAUUUCCAAAAGCCACGUCCGGACAAGAAGCGCAAAUAUGAAGCCCACUUCGAACUUGUGCACUAUGCUGGAGUGGUACCAUAUAAUAUAAUUGGCUGGUUGGACAAAAACAAAGACCCGCUGAAUGAGACAGUGGUGAGUUGUUUCCAGAAGUCCGCAAACAAGAUGCUAGCUUCUCUGUACGAGAACUACGUCGGGUCAGACUCAGGUAGCGAAUGCGUUACACACAGGACCGUAUACAAAUUGUUAGGUCCAUAUGGUCAAAGAGUUCAGUGGGCUAACUUUUGGGUAAUUGCAGAGUCCAAAACUGGGAUCAAAGAGAGAAGGAAGAAGGCGGCCUCAUUCCAGACAGUGUCUCAGCUGCACAAGGAAAAUCUGAAGAAGCUGAUGACAAACCUCCGCAGCACCCAGCCUCACUUUGUGCGCUGUAUCAUUCCCAAUGAGACCAAGACUCCUGGGAUCAUAGACCCAUUUCUGGUGCUGCACCAGCUUCGCUGCAACGGGGUGCUGGAGGGCAUCAGGAUCUGCAGGAAGGGCUUCCCUAAUCGCAUCCUCUAUGCAGAGUUCAAGCAGCGCUACCGUAUCCUGAACCCACAAGCCAUCCCAGAUGACAAGUUUGUGGAUAGCAGGAAAGGUGCAGAGCAGCUGCUGGCUUCCUUGGAUAUCGACCAUAACCAAUAUCGAUUUGGACACACAAAGGUAUUCUUCAAGGCAGGCCUGCUGGGUCAACUGGAGGAAAUGAGGGAUGAGCGUUUGGCCAAAAUUCUGACGUUGCUGCAGGCAGUUGCUCGAGGCACAAUCAUGAGGAUGGAGUUUAGGAUUAUGAAUCAAAGGAGGGAGGCCCUGAUGAUUAUCCAAUGGAACAUACGCGCCUUCAACACAGUGAAGAACUGGCCUUGGAUGAAACUCUUCUUCAAGAUUAAGCCCCUUCUUAAGAGCGCGGCCACUGAGAAGGAGCUGGCCACUCUGAAGGAGGAGAUGGUCCAGCUCAAGGAGGCCUUGGACAAAUCCGACGUCAAGCGUAAAGAGCUGGAGGAGCGGCAGGUCAGCCUGACCCAAGAGAAGAAUGACCUCUCCCUGCAGCUGCAGGCAGAGCAAGACAAUAUUGCAGAUGCUGAGGAACGCUGUGACCUUCUCAUCAAAACAAAGAUUCAGCUGGAAGCCAAAGUGAAAGAACUCUUGGAGAGGCUGGAGGAUGAGGAAGAGAUGAAUGCUGAUCUGCUGGCCAAGAAGCGUAAACUGGAGGACGAGUGUGCUGAACUGAAGAAAGACAUAGAUGACCUAGAGCUGACCUUGGCUAAAGUGGAGAAAGAGAAACACGCCCUUGAGAACAAGGUGAAGAACCUGGUUGAGGAAAUGGCAGUUUUGGAUGAAACCAUAAUAAAGCUGACCAAGGAGAAGAAGGCUCUCCAAGAGGCCCACCAGCAGACUCUGGAUGACCUUCAGGCUGAAGAAGACAAGGUCAACAGUCUAACAAAAGCCAAAACCAAACUGGAGCAACAAGUAGAUGAUCUGGAGGGCUCCCUGGAACAAGAGAAGAAGCUACGUCUGGAUCUGGAAAGGAACAAACGUAAGCUGGAAGGAGAUCUAAAACUUUCUUUGGAGUCAGUUAUGGAUCUUGAGAACGACAAACAGCAGAUGGAAGAGCGACUCAAAAAAAAAGACUUUGAAAUGAAUGAGAUGAGCUCCAAAAUAGAAGAUGAGCAGUUGUUGGUCAACCAGCUCCAGAAGAAGAUCAAGGAGUUACUGGCUCGCAUAGAGGAGCUGGAGGAGGAGCUUGAGUCUGAUAGAGCUUGUAGGGCCAAAGUGGAGAAGCAGCGUGGAGACGUGGCCCGCGAGCUGGAGGAGCUGAGCGAGCGCCUGGAGGAGGCCGGAGGGGCCACAUCGGUCCAGAUCGAGAUCAACAAAAAGAGAGAAGCUGAUUUCCUGAAGCUGCGGCGGGACCUCGAGGAAGCCAUGCUGCACCACGAGGCCACGACAGCCGCCUUAAGGAAGAAACAAGCAGACACGGUCGGGGAGCUUAGCGAGCAGAUCGACAGCCUGCAGAGAGUCAAGCAGAAACUGGAGAAAGAAAGGAGCGAAACCAAGAUGGAGGCAGACGACCUGUCUUCCACUGUGGAGCAACUCUCCAAGGGCAAGGCAACUGCAGACAAGACGUGUCGUCUCUAUGAAGAUCAACUGAAUGAGACUAAAGCCAAAGUGGAGGAGCUUCAGAGACAGCUUAAUGAAAGCACCACCCACAAGGCCCGUGCUCAGACUGAGAGUGCCGAGCUGGGCAGGAAGCUGGAAGAGCGUGAAUCCAUGGUCUCUCAGCUCCAGCGUGCCAAGACCUCUUUUAGCCAAAAUGUUGAAGAGCUCAAGAAGCAGCUGGAGGAGGAGGCUAAGGCUAAGAACGCCUUGGCGCACGCCGUUCAGUCAUCUCGCCAUGACUGCGACCUCCUAAGAGAGCAGUACGACGAGGACCAGGAGGCCAAGGCUGAGAUGCAGAGAGCAUUGUCUAAGGCCAAUGCUGAGGUGGCGCAGUGGAGGACCAAGUAUGAAACUGACGCCAUCCAGAGAACUGAAGAACUGGAAGAGGCCAAGAAGAAGCUGGUGACACGUCUGCAGGAGGCUGAGGAGGCAGUGGAGGCCUCCAAUGCAAAGUGCUCCUCUCUGGAGAAAACCAAGCAUCGACUCCAGACAGAGAUUGAAGACCUGAUCAUUGACUUGGAGCGUUCCAACUCUGCCGCUGCCGCCCUGGACAAGAAGCAACGUAAUUUUGACAAGGUGCUGGCUGAGUGGAAACAGAAGUAUGAAGAGUGCCAGACAGAGCUGGAAAGUUCUCAGAAAGAGUCCCGUAGCCUGAGCACGGAGCUUUUCAAACUGAAAAAUUCCUACGAGGAGACCUUGGAUCAUCUCGAGACCAUCAAGCGAGAGAACAAGAACCUGCAGGAGGAGAUUGCUGACCUGUCUGAUCAAAUCAGCCAGGGAGCAAAGACCAUCCAAGAGCUGGAGAAGAUCAAGAAGGGUCUGGACUUGGAGAAAAAUGAGAUUCAAGCAGCACUGGAAGAAGCGGAGAGCGCGCUUGAGCAUGAAGAAACCAAAACCUUGAGGAUCCAACUGGAGCUUAACCAGAUCAAGGCUGACAUUGACAGGAAGUUGGCAGAAAAGGAUGAAGAAAUUGACAACCUCCGCCGUAACCACCAGAGAGCGCUCGAGUCCAUGCAAGCCACCUUGGAUGCUGAGACCAGGUCUCGCGGCGAGGCAGUGCGCCUGAAGAAAAAGAUGGAGGGAGACCUGAAUGAGAUGGAGGUGCAGCUGAACCAUGCCAACAGGCAGGCCGCGGAGUCCCAGAAACUCUUGAGAACCCUGCAGAUUCAGCUUAAGGAUGUCCAACUGGAGCUGGAUGACACCAUCCACCACAACGAAGAGCUGAGGGAGCAGGUGGCCAUGACGGAGCGGCGCAACAACUUGCUUGCUGCUGAGGUGGAGGAGCUCAGGGCUCUACUGGAGCAGAACGACCGGGCUCGCAAGCUGGCCGAGAAUGAGCUGCUUGAAGCCAACGAGAGAGUCAGCCUGCUGCACUCGCAGAACACAGGGCUGAUCAACCAAAAGAAGAAGCUGGAGAGUGACCUCUCUAUGCUGUCGAAUGAGGUGGACGACGCUGUGCAGGAGUGCCGCAAUGCAGAAGAGAAGGCCAAGAAGGCUAUCACGGAUGCGGCCAUGAUGGCAGAGGAGCUCAAGAAGGAGCAAGACACCAGCGCCCAUCUAGAGAGGAUGAAGAAGAACAUGGACCAGACCAUCAAAGACUUACAGAUGCGUCUGGACGAGGCUGAGCAGAUCGCCCUCAAAGGCGGCAAGAAGCAGGUCCAGAAACUGGAGGCCAGGGUGAAAGAACUUGAGAAUGAACUGGAUUUAGAGCAAAAGAAGAACCAGGAGCAACAGAAGACCGCACGCAAAUAUGAGAGAAGAGUCAAAGAGCUAUGCUACCAGGCUGAGGAGGACAAGAAGAGUCUUGUCCGCCUGCAGGAUCUCAUAGACAAACUGCAGAUCAAAGUGAAGAGUUACAAGAGACUGGCUGAGGAAGCGGAAGAGCAGGCCAACACCAACUUGUCCAAGUACAGGAAGCUGCAGCACGAGCUGGACGAUGCAGAAGAGAGGGCCGACACGGCCGAAACCCAAGUCAACAAGCUCCGCGUCCGCACGCGCGACCAAGGUGGCAAGCUUCCUGAGUAAUGAUGAGGCUGCAUGCAGACAUCACACGGACAAGCAGCUGCAACAGCUCCAUUAAACCGUGUGCUA